AUGGCAGAUUUGACCGCAAUAGCAGCGGGAAAGCAUCAGAUUGUCCUUCUUCGCUAUCGACCCGUACCAGUCGAACCGGAGGAACAAUACGGGCCACGACACAAGGCUGAAGCAAUUCGCUUCCCUAAGCAUAUCGUUCGGCUCUCGACAGAACGAACAGAACUUCAAAGUGCGCCGUCUUACGUGGCCUUGUCCUACGCCUGGGGCGAUCCGGGCAUUACCGAAGUGGUGGAGGUAGAUGGAGCCGCAGUGAAUGUGACGGCAAAUUUAGCAACUGCGCUUGAGCAUUUGCAGGACAAGAUCGAGGACAAUGAGGCUCUUUGGAUUGAUGCACUUUGUAUUGACCAAGAGAAUGAGGCCGAGAAGUCAUCUCAGGUCGCCCGUAUGCGAGACGUCUAUACAAACGCGACCAGAGUGCUGGCAUGGUUAGGACCCGAUGUCGACGGCCCAGACCUUGGGUGUUCCAUUGCCUGGCUCAUGGACUUCGGCUUGCGAGCAGUAACAUUGGGUAUUGGCAAUUCUCGCGCUCGGCAGCUGUGGCGACUACUAUCUCAAGGGGAUAGAAAGUCGGUGUUAGCCCAGAAUGUCGAUGGCGACGACGCCGCUCAGCUUGCAGACUUCAUUUGCGACUUGCGACACAGCCUGGAUCCCAGCUACAAUCUCGAGUAUAGCCGACUGUUGGUCGGACUACAGGAAUUCCUUUCUCGAACAUACUGGUCACGUAUAUGGGUCGUCCAGGAGAUAUCAGCUGCCUCGAGCGUCAGCUUCGUACUGGGCGCAUGGAGCAUCAGUUCCGAAGCAGUCCAUAGGGGCGCACGACUCCUCCGGAACUUCAGGAAGUGGCAAUUGAUGAUGAAGAGGGAGUUCAAGAUUGACAAGAGUCUCCGCGAGAUUGACGCGAGCGACUCCCAGGGCUAUCAGCAAGUCCCACUACUGGAGUCGAACGAGGCUACAGACUUCUUUCGAGCGACAAGCGCGGCUGCCGAGGUAGUCGAAUUCUUCAAAGUAACUCGUGCAGCAGGCGAGCUCGUUUACAUCUUGACCAGAUCAAGGCACUACAAGUCGACAGACCCUCGUGACCAAAUCUUCGCGCUCCUUGGGAUUGCUGGGGAUUCCGAACGCUUUCUGGUCGCCCCUGACUAUUCCAAGUCGUGUGCUCAGAUCUACACAGAGUCUACCCGAGCACUAUUGAAGCAUGGGUACAUGGACGUCUUGUGCCACUGCAGCAACUCAAAUGAGAACGUAAUCCAGGUUCCAACGUGGGUGCCAGACUGGUCACGACCUGUCACACGUUGGCCAAUGCAGGAGAGGGGAAUAGUGUGGAAAGAUGCAGCUCAGCGGCGUAUGUCAAGGAAGAGUGCAAAGCUGCCACGAGGUUACAAUAUCCCCGGCUUUCGAGUCUCUGGUUCCUUGCAACAGCCAGCGAUGGAGCUGCCUGAACGUGAUGGAUGGAGCCUUCCCUUACAGCUGAGCGUCAUCGAAGCUUGCACGAUCAAGCAAGUCGGUAGAGCCUGGCAGUCGGACGGCCAUAGUGCAUGGUUGUACGAUCUGCAGACGCUCGCCAACAGUGAAGCUUCGACUCUCAAGCUUGCGGAUGAAAAACAACAAGCCAUUUGGCGAACAGCUGUAUCCGAGCAUGAGCUCUUGUACGCCGAAAGCCCAAGCAGGCUGUCUGCAGAACUGGUAGAACAUUUGGUGGCAACUCUUUCUGGGAGAUGCCUGAGCACAGUAGACGGACAAACCCUCACGCACGCGGGUUUUGGUCUCUAUGCAGAGAGUAUGGUGCGCUGGGCUAACGGACGCCGGCCGUUUCUCACCAACACUGGUAAACUCGGUUGUGGACCUGAAUUUGCCGGUAUUGAUGACAAAGUUGUGAUUGUCCUCGGGGCACAUGUUCCGUUCAUCCUGAGAGAAUGUACCAGUGGUUCAGACCACACGGUGCUGGGCGAUGCGUAUGUGCAUGGAUAUAUGAACGGCGAGCUCGCAACGUCUUGCGCCGCCAUUGAGAGGGUGACAUUGAUCUGA